CUUCAAUGCGAAGUUCGCCCGUUUUCAUACAUUCUAUAAAUUUUAUGUGAUUCUCAAUUUGGUUGUGUCCUUCCUUCGGUACCCUUUAUUCCAAUGCCUCUAAUUCACUCCAUUUUAUAGUAACCGAAGGGAAGCUAGGCUCGCUGCUGUACGUCCUACCCUCGCGCCAAAAGGAAGGAAAGAGGAAAAAGUUUCCGAAACCCCCUACAAGCUACAGCUGUGUGGGACAAAAAUGGACGGAAGAAAGAACAGUGUCAAAAGCAAAAUUCCAUCGAUAGAGACGUAGGGAAAAAAAAGCAAUACGCAGAGACCCUUCUUACUGUUACUGUGCUGUACUGUUCAUAAUGAAGGAAAGAAGUUGCAGUUCUUCCCACAACUUCAGUGCGUUUCCAAGCCCUGGACUCCCAAAUCACUGGGAGAUCAAUGUCAUGAAUCAAAGGGGGUGCAGCUCCGAGCGAAUACCUCAGCCAAAUAACAACGCCCGGCGGAGGAAUGCCUCUGUCGCCGCCUUGACGCCCUUUUACGGCAGGACACUCCCCUCCAAAUGGGAGGAUGCCGAGCGAUGGAUUAGUAGCCCUAUUAUGGGCAAUGGCUUCAGCAGGACUUUGCAGUCUCACCUACAGAGAAGACCCAAGUCCAAGAGUGGCCCUAUUGGGUCGCCUGGAUUUUCUAAUUACUCUAACUAUUCUCCGGCUAUUCCCACUACCGAAAAUGGGGGUUUCGACACCUCCAAAUUAGGCUCUGCCCUUUCCACUGGAGUGUUGGUGGCUGAUGGUGUUUCUAUCUGCUAUGGCGGUAGCAUCGAAAGGGGACAAUCCUAUCCUGAGUGUACCAUGCAACGAUUAGCUUCUGCACCCAGAUGGUCAGAUAUACUGAACGAGUCGCCACUGCCAAGUUUUCAAGAUGAAAAAGAUGGUGGUUCCCAUGAGGCUAUGGAUUGGGGCGUUGUUUCGCAACGAAACGUGGCAACCCAAAUGAGCCCCCUGGACUUCACACCUUCAUCUCCUCUCGGGAAUGUUUCGCUUUCCUCUUCAUCUCCUUCAACACACCAAUCUAUGGUCGGAAAGGAGAGUGAUCAUUGUUCUAAACAAGAAGUGAGAGAUGUUGAGGUAGACAAAAGAGCCACAGUGAUACAGAGAUCCAAAGGGCGUAAGCUCAGACUGACCAAGGAAGAGUUUCCACACCUAGAAAACUUGAAUGAAAAUGCUGAGGAAACUGGAGCUUCAACUUUGGAUAUUGCAGAGGCAGCUAUUCAGGUUUCCAAGUUGCAGAGAGAAGAAGCCAAGAUAACAGCAUGGGAGAAUUUGCAGAAAGCAAAAGCUGAAGCUGCGAUACGCAAACUUGAGAUGAAACUUGAAAGAGCAAGAUCAUCAUCAAUGGAUAAGAUAUUGAAAAAGCUGAGGAAAGCACAGAUGAAAGCACACAAGAUGAGGAACUCGUCUGGGGGUGAUCGGAACCAGAGAGUUUGCAACACUAACAACUUUCUCCCAUUCCACAAGCAGGUGUGGAUUGGUUCGCUCAAGCGUUGGUUCAUCUGCCAUGCUUCCUGAUUUCUCAAGGUAGCAUCUGGUAGUUUUAUCGUCUUAGAAAUUUACAGUAGCAGCGUAGCUUGAUUGGUUCUGUGUCAUCGUAGAUGUUGCAAGCAAUGUACAAUUGUUGUAAAAUAAGAAACUGUAGCUGGCUUUUGGGUUUGGGGCAGGUGCUAAAAUUGAUGUACUCCAUGUUUUGAACUGCCAUUCAAAUCACAUGGCAAUUUUUUUCCUUUUAAAAGAAAAGUCUUCACUCAAUUUUAACAUCA